UGGAAUAAAUCCAAUAUUGGGCGUAUAUAAGUCAUAAAGAAACCUUAAAAAUUUCCACUCGGUUACGUCGUGCAGUGGGAGAAAAAGCGAUUGUUUUGGGCCUAGAUUGGUUAUGGUCAACGGUCAAUGUCAUCGCCGUGAAGAAGGCACCAUUGUUUAAGCGUUAGGACUCUUCCCUUCCCUCUCUUUGCACAUUUCAAACUGCUUCUGCCAUGGAUUUCCAGAAGAGAAGGGUUCAAUUGCUCCUCUUUGUCGCUGCCAUCAUUGUUCUCAGCCUCACUGCUGAAAAAUGCAGGCAGCUUGUUGGGGAGGAGGGAUCAUCCCAGAGUGGAAAGUUUACCAUCUUGAAUUGCCUUGAUAUGGGUUCUGGAACUGUAGCAUGUGCUGUCAAGGAAGGGGUGAAGCUCUAUUUUUACAGUAUUAGAUCUUCUCAUGUUGAAAGGGCAAGGAGUCUUGCAAUUGAGUCUGCUCUUGUUGAUGCUGUUUCCCAGGGAAUGUCCCCAACAGAUUCAGCAAAACAUGCGCAGAAAGAGGGUAAAAAGGCAGCAAAGUUGGCUUCCCGUCAAGCCAAGAGGAUUAUAGGCCCCAUCAUCUCUUCUGGAUGGGACUUUUUUGAAGCUAUAUACUAUGGCGGUACCCUCACAGAAGGGUUCCUUAGGGGCACUGGUACUUUGUUUGGUACUUAUGCUGGGGGGUUCCUUGGAGAGCAAAAGCUUGGUAGACUUGGCUAUCUUGUUGGAAGUCACAUGGGCAGUUGGGUAGGUGGUAGGAUAGGAUUAAUGGUUUAUGAUGUGGUUAAUGGGGUGCAUUUACUGUUGCGAUUUGUUCAGACAGGAGAGAUUGAAGUUCAUGAAAAGUCUGAAGCACCAGAAAAUUCCUUUUAUGAAGAAAAAUCUGUUUAUGACAGCUCUGAAGGCUCCAGUGUUUAUGAAUCAUCUCCCGCAGAAGAAUCCAAUGCCUAUGAGUCAACUGAACAUGAGAGAUAUGAAACAUAUGAAGAUUCUGAAUUGUGAUUUUGAAGAUGAUAUAUUGAAAUUUGCACAAAUCUUGUGUCAGCUCUGAAGGUUUCCAGUAUCAUAAAAUCAUCUCCCAGCCAAAGAAUCCAAUGCCUACUAAUCUACUGAACGUCAGCUAUGAAACGUGAAGAUUCUAAACUCAGACGAAAUUUUGAGUUUAUGUAUUGGUAUUUGCUCAAGUUUUAGGUCGACGAUUAGCGUUUUUGUUAGAUGUCUCAGCUUCAAUAUAGUGGGGAAUGGGGAUGUAUUGCUAGCUCCAACCUGGAGGCUUUAUAAAUGCUCCGCCUCAUGUAGCUACCAAAUAUAGAAGGUCCAGACUAUUGUGCUCAAUGUACUUAUUUGUUGCCUUUAGUCAU